GAAUUACUAAUCAAAUAACGCCAGGGGAAAGCCCCUAUCGCGGCAUACACCUAUCUAGGGAAAGUCCCCGGAAUCGUUUACGUCAACCACACGUGAGUUUAGCUUUCAUUCAGUAAGUUUCGCAUCGAACGUUGCAWGUCAAUUGCUCUGUUCGCAAAGCAUCGUCCCUUAAAUCAAAGAAAAACAAAAUUUUAUCUAGCAAAKUGCUUACCCCACGUGCCUCUAUACUACAUACAUCUUCUCUAAGGCACAGACGGAUAUACAGAGUCUAAUCSAAUACAAAUAUCACGUUUCACACCAUGGCACAAGAUCUGUUGAUGUCUAUUGCUCGAGAAAAUUUUGGACGCACUAAGUACAUACCAGUACUCCAUGGCCGAAGUGAAAGCGUUCAACCAACUGCACUGAUUUUAAAGCAGAACCGUCCGUGGUGGAAGAAGCCCUUUCAUCAUAGUGAACUCAAGAUUCUAUCAAAGCUGGAAAAAUAUGUAGUGGAUGUGUACCAGAAAGGAUUCCGCGAAAAAGCAGAGAGCUCUGUUAUCAGGAUAGAAAAGAGACUGCAAAAGAAAGAAAUUGCCGAAGUAAAACAAAAGCAUGAACUUACUCUUAAGGCGACAGAAGGAGUAUCAUUGGAGUGUACCUCUAAUUGUAACUUGGGAGACUUGGAACUAGGCAUGAUGGACGAAGAGUAUUAUGAAGACACAGACCUGCGUGAGAUUCUUCAGAGCGGUUUACUCUGUAAAGAUAAAAUGGAGCCAUAUUUAAAACACAAGCUCUACAUCGUCACUAGUGUGGUGUACAGUAGCAUGUUUAGAAUAGUUGGAAAGAGAGAAUCGAGUUUUGACUUGAGUGGGCGAGUAAAUUUGAAAACCAAGUUUGGAGGAUGGGUUGGUAAGAUUGGUAGUGUAGGUGGUAGAUGUUCAAGUAUAAACUGCAAAUCUGCGAUGGUAACAAGGAAAAAGAAAGCUCCAAUCUUUUUUACAGUUUGCCCUGUGAAGUAUGAUGAAUCUACUGGCAAGUUGCGAAUUUCUGAAAACCACUUUGUUGGCAAUGUUGUUGCUCGUGGACUUACCCAUGUGAAAUUGCAAAAACGCGAGGACAGUUUUGAAGACCUGCUAAAUGUUAUAGAAGACAGCGAAGACGGAGAAUUUGGAACAGAAUCAGAAUUGUUCAACAUCCCUGAUUUGGAAACAAAGUUAGAAGCCAUCAAAAAGCUCCUUUUGUCUACCGAUUCAAGGGAAGAACGAGAGAAUCUUAUCGUUAAGUACUUGUAUAUGUUCGAGAGCCUUCUGAGUGGCACAGGAAGACGGCUGUUCCUAAACAGUGACUACAAUAUGUGUCAAUUACACGAGGAGGGAUUCCUCAAGCAAAUUGGGCUGAAGCUCGACGAUUCUACAGUCACUGCAUCGGACAACCUUCUUCAAGACAUUCAAGAGUAUGGACUCAUAUUAAAAUUCAUAUCAGGUUUGUUCUCAAAGACUGGAUCGAUAAAAAUCGAGAGAGACUGAGAAUGACAACUAAAAAAACUGAAAAGAAGUAAGGAGAGUUCUAAAAAAAUGUUUGCAUGCGAGGAGGCUGUGGAGAGAGACUAUUCUUUUCAUUAUACUGAUUUUGAUAUGCACUUAAGAGUGGAUGCCGGUAAGAAUCAAACAUUUUCAAAAAAUCAUGCCAACUCUU